UCAAACCUGUGUAGAGUGAUGGGCAGUGCUGGCCAAGGCCUGACUGCUCUGCCUUACAACCGGGUCACCCUUCAGGAUACCGUGCUGCUCUCUGGUCUGGAGAAGCUGCCUGUUUCUCAAGAUUCAGACAGCCAGAGUUGGAGGUCUCUUGACAGUCCUAGCCCACCUGCCACCCCUGAACAACCUCUACCCACCUUCUACCUGCAGUACUUUGAUAUGCUUUACCCAGAAGACAGCAACUGGGUCCCUAAGGCUCUGGGUGAGUGCCAGCAGGUCACUAGCCAAGGAGGCAGGACUGAAGUGCCCAAAGAACCUGAACAGUGCCCUAUCAUUGACAGUCAGGGUUUGAGCCUCACAUCUGAUAUGGACUACCAAGCCAGUCUUCACCUGGAAGAGCACUCCCUGGAACAGGUUCAGAGCAUGGUGGUAGGUGAGGUGCUCAAGGACAUUGAAACAGCUUGUAAGCUUCUCAAUAUUGCGUCAGACCCAGCAGACUGGACUCCAGGGAAUGUUCAGAAGUGGAUCUUAUGGACUGAACACCAAUAUCGCUUGCCCCAGAUUGGGAAAUCAUUCCAGGAUCUUUCUGGAAAAGAUGUGUGUGCCAUGUCGGAGGAGCAGUUUCGUCAGCGAUCCCCAGCAUGUGGCGAUGUUUUACAUGCUCACCUGGACAUUUGGAAAUCAGCUGCCUGGAUGAAAGAGAAGACUGCCCCUGGAGAGAUGCAUUAUUGUGGGAGUGAAGAGAACUGGACAGACAAUGAGGUGGAUUCAUCCUCCUCAGGCCAGCCCAUUCACCUCUGGCAGUUUCUGAAAGAACUUCUGCUGAAGCCCCAUAACUAUGGACGCUUCAUUCGUUGGCUCAAUAAGGAAAAAGGUAUAUUCAAAAUUGAAGAUUCUGCUCAAGUGGCUCGGCUGUGGGGAAUCCGCAAGAACCGUCCUGCCAUGAAUUAUGACAAGCUGAGCCGCUCCAUUCGGCAAUAUUAUAAGAAAGGGAUAAUUCGGAAACCAGACAUCUCCCAGCGGCUAGUCUACCAGUUUGUACAUCCUGUGUGAAGGCAGAUGGAACAAAUUCUGAUCAGCUGUGGGCUGGGGGACUUUCUGGGAACAUAGCACUCCUUACCCUCUGCAGUAUGAACUCUAAGGAAUAUGAAGUCAGGAGUUGGACAAGAGACUGAAAACUCUUUGGACUUGCCUACUGAACUUCUAAGAUUUAUGUAUUCCCUGAUUCUAUACAAGAAACAAGGAAACAAACACACCUUUAUUGCCAAGGUAAAAUGGUAAAUAAGAAGGAACUACUGCUAAAUGAAGUAUAUACAUUUCAUUCGGUGGGGCAUAUCGGUUUUGUGUAUAAGACAUUUUUCUAUCCGUGCACAUCCAGGUGUAUGCUAUGAGAAGCCAAGAAAAGGUGGGAGAUUGAAAGAAGAAAGGGAGAAUGGAGGUGGAGUCUGGAGUCUAACUAGCAGGUGUUGCUUCCUUUCCAGGGAAAUAACUGAAAAAAAUAUUGUGGUCAUAGAUACAAAGUAGCAUUUGUAAUUUUGUUUUGCUUGCAACUUUGCUAAAUCUAAGCCAUAGGACAAAUCACUGAUGGCACCAGGAAAUAUUUCACUCACAAGAGCCAGGUCUCAUUGUAAAUUUGUUUGGGAAGGAUUUGGUGGCUCAGGCAGUGUCAUGCUAUGAUAAACAUCUCAGCACCCCCUAUUAAUCAUUUGCUUUCCACUU